UUACCGACACACCGACACUUUUGUGAAUUCCCCCCUUUGAGUCCCAAGGGGGGAAAGCAUUAUAGAAAAAUUACACCCCCCACAUUUUCCCUUCUUUGGUUGUUCCUUACUACUUGCUGAAGUUUCUGUUUUUAACCACUAGAGGGAAAAAUCAAAUAGCGCUGGCUUGCAACAGUAACUUAACAGCCCUUUGAGCAGAGGUUUGCAAACUGUGUUUCUGCAUUUGCAAAGCAAUUUCCAAUUACAGCAGGCUAAUUUCAGUGCAUUUUGUAAGCCUAGUUGAAGAUUUUCAUUAUGGUUGGGAUUGUCCCAAAGAAAAAAUCGAAAGGGGUGGAUUUUUGUGGUGAUGAUGAACAUUAUUAUAUCAUUCGAUCUGACCUGAAUUGUUACCUGAGAUCAAGUGACUUCCAAAACGGUGACAAUCUCUGCAUUUUUACCCUCCACCCCUCAUGUAGAGAUGGUGACCAUUACCUGGCUCAUGAAGAUGGUUACUUCUACAUCAUUAAGGGCAGCAGCUACCGUCAAGUCACAAGUUUGAAUACAGAUGAAGAUGCAACUGUCUACUCGCUCCAUCCCAAUUGCCAGGGUGGGGACCAUUACCUGUCAGCUUCCAACUAUUACUACAUCAUCUACCAGAGCCGAGGUGUCUAUCGUCGCACCAAGAACAUGAACAAUAAUGAAGACAGUGACGAAUUUAAUCUUAGUGCAGACUAUAAGAAUGGCCUGUAUUAUUUUGGAAUGGAAGGCUACUGCUAUUUUGUGAAGCCCCAUAAAAAGUGGGGGAUUCACUACUACCAGUGCAGCAACUUCAAGGAGAAUCAAAUUCUUAGUUAUUCUUUUCACCCCUCUGUCAUCAACUUUCUCCCAGGGGGCUUGGCCAUCACUAAAGGACCAUCGUUUUGCAGGUGGGAAUGCAUUAAAAACAUUUGCAAUCAUUCUGACAAUGUGAUUACCUGGACCAAGCAGAACACUAUGAGGGUUGGCUAUGAGAAAGAGAAGAUGUCCAGUAUAGAGCACAAGUGGACCAUUGCCCUUGACGACAGCAUGGAAUCUAUUGGAUUGACAACUUUUAUUGCAAAGGCACAGUUUUCUCUCAAAACUGAAUAUGGAGGAUCCUCAGUCAAUACUGAUAGAGAGAACUGGGACCAGGCUACUGAGGUGGAAGAAACAAUAGCUGCCACUUUGCAACCCCAGCAAUGCUUGUAUAUCUGGCAGUACAAACUUGGCCUAGGUUCUGAAUCAGUUCUUCACUGUCAUUACACCACGAUUACAGAUGAGCCAAUCCCACCUACACGUAAACCAUUGCCAUCAACAUAAAAAUAUUUUGUUGUUA